AUGGAAAAUACUCGAAUUUUGACGCGAUUUGAGCCGGAAAUUGGGCUGGAAUUCCCAAAUUUCCAUGGGAAUUUGGGGCUGGAAAUUUUUGUGCUUUCGACCCCAAAACCGAUCCCAAAUUUUUGGAAUUCCCAACUUUUUUUUCAGGAUUACAUCGCGGUGAAGGAGAAGUACGCCAAGUACCUGCCGCACUCGGCGGGGCGCUACGCGGCCAAGCGCUUCCGCAAGGCGCAGUGCCCCAUCGUGGAGCGCCUGACCAACUCCAUGAUGAUGCACGGCAGGAACAACGGCAAGAAGCUGAUGACCGUGAGGAUCGUCAAGCACGCCUUCGAGAUCAUCCACCUGCUCACGGGGGAG